UUUCUUUCUUUAAAUUUGCAUCGAGUAGCUAUCUUUGUGCCUUCGAUACUGCAAAAGAACUACCUUCAGCAACAUUAACGACCUUUCUCUUUUUAUUCUUUUUGGCAGCAUCAUCUUCAUCCCCAAGUUUCAUCCCCACUCUUUCUCAGGUCGACCACAUUUCUUAGUGUCUUGGCUUGAUAUUCUUAACAAGGUUAUCAACCUUCUUUGUCUGCGAGCGGGUAAUUCGAGUUCUUUCUAGUUGACAACUUUUUGUAGAAGCAAUAGGGGACUUGAAAUCAUCAUCAUCAUUUGCAAGAUCAAGGGUCGAAGAUUUAUGCCAUGGUGAAGGGAAAGCUUAUUUUAAUUUGCCAGUCUGGUGGUGAAUUUGUGAGUGAUGCCGAUGGAAACUUGUCAUAUAACGGAGGAGAGGCAAAUGCUGUAAAUAUAAACCAAGACACUCCAUAUGAUGAUCUCAAGAUAAAAUUGGCAGAGAUGUGUAAUCUGGAGCUUAAGACAGUGUCAAUUAAGUAUUUUCUUCCAAGAAAUAGGAAAACUCUUAUUAAUUUAAGGAGUGAAAAAGACUUCAAAAGAAUGGUUGAGUUUCAUGCUAAUUCUGUUACAGCUGAGAUUUUUGUCAGUGGGAAGGAAGGUUUUGAUCGUGAUGCAUUGAACACGUACACUGACAGGACAAUUGGCUUAAAACUGGCUGAGAACGUAAAUCAUCAUGCCGCACCUGAUUCUGGUGGUCUGAGUACAACACCUUCUAAGGCUACCCCGUUAAGGACUGUUCGAACUGCUGCUGCCUCUCCUAUAGCUAUUCAAAGCGAUUGUCUGGUCGAUGUACAUAUCAGCUGCCAGGAACCUGAUAGCCCCAGUCAAGCCACUUCUUCAUCAAACUCUUCGUCUGGCCAUUCUUCUGGCCAUGUUGCUGAGGAUGAUUCUGUUGCUGAGGAUGAUUCUGAUUACGCUCCACGCUCACGUGCUCAGAGCCCAAUUAGCUUUGACUAUGAUGCUACCCCUGCUGAAACCGUGAAGAAGCGCAGGCGCAUUGCUUCCUGGAAAAUUGGUGCCAAUGGUCCAACCAUUGUUGUGACCGAUAAUGAUUCUAAGGAGAAAAUCUCGCGAAAGAAGAAGAGUCGAAGUUCAACUGGUGUAAUGGAGAGAAAUGACUCGGUGGAGGAUGAAGAUAGUGUUCAAUUACCUGAUAAUUUUGACAGUUCCUCUCCAAUUGCUUUGCGUGAUGAAGAUCUGCCAGAGAAACUAGUUGCCACUUGGAAAGAAGGUAUUACUGGUGUUGGUCAGGAUUUUAAGAGUGUGAAAGAGUUCAGGGCUGUACUGCAAAAGUAUGCUGUUGCUCAUCGCUUUGUCUACAAGUUGAAGAAAAAUGAUGCUACCCGUGUAAGUGGCAGAUGUGUGGUAGAGGGUUGUUCUUGGAAAAUUCAUGCAUCUAGGGUCCCUUCGGAUCAAAUAUUUAAGAUCAGAAAGUUUAAUGAUUUGCAUACAUGUGAAGGCGAAUCCUGGAAAUCUGCUCAUCGUACAAGGAAUUGGUUGGUAAGUAUCAUCAAGGAAAGGUUACGAGAUUCUCCAAAUGACAAACCCAGGGAAAUCGCUAAAAGCAUUUUGCGUGACUUUGGGAUUAAAUUGAGAUAUUCACAAGUAUGGCGAGGGAUGGAAGAUGCCAAGGAGCAACUUCAAGGUUCGUACAGUAAGUCAUAUAACAGGUUGCCUUGGUUUUGCGAAAAGGUAGUAAAUACGAAUCCUGGUACUGUUGUUAAGCUUGUGCUAGACGAUGAAAAAAGACUGCAGCGCUUCUUUUUCUCACUUCAUGCCGCAAUACAUGGUUUCAAGCACGGUUGCCGACCCCUUAUUUUCCUUGAAGCUACAUCUCUAAGAUCAAAGUACAAGGAGACUCUUAUAACAGCAACUGCGGUUGAUGCAGAUGAUGGUUUCUUUCCGGUUGCUUUUGCAGUAAUAGAUAUUGAAAAUGAUGACAGUUGGCGUUGGUUUUUGGAGCAACUAAAAUCUGCAUUAUCAACUUCUCAAUCUAUAACUUUUAUUUCAGAUCGAGAAAAGAAUUUAAAGAACUCUGUGCUUGAGGUGUUUGAAAAUGCUUCUCAUGGCUAUUCCAUUUUUCAUCUUUUGGAAAGCUUCAAGAGAAAUAUGAAGGGUCCAUUCCAUGGUGAUGGGAGAGCUGUUUUACCUGAAAUUUUCCUUGCUGCAGCUCAUGCAGUCCGAUUUAGUGGUUUUAAAAAUUCGACCGAGCACAUUAAACAGAUUUGUUCACCUGCAUAUGAUUGGUUGAUCCAGAUUGAGCCCGAGGGUUGGACGAGUUUGUCAUUUAAGGGUCAGCACUAUAAUUAUAUCACAGAGAAUGUUGCAGAACCGUACUCCAAGUUGAUUGAGGAUUCUCGAGGAUCAACAAUUAUGCAAAAGAUAGAAGCCUUAAAAUGUAUGCUUGGUGAUCUAAUAGAUCACCGUAAAUUGGAGUCAAAUAAUUGGUCCACCAAACUUACUCCAUCAAAAGAGAGAAAGAUACAGAAAGAAGCUGUUAAAGCCCAUGGUCUAAAAGUUCUAAUCUCGUCUGAUGUCCUAUUUGAAGUUCAUGAUGAGAUGACUCACGUUGUGAAUAUUGAAAACCGUGAGUGCACGUGUUUGGAGUGGAAACAAAGUGGGCUGCCUUGCUGCCACGCAGUUGCUGUGUUCAACUAUAUUGGUAAAUGUGUGUAUGAUUACUGCUCGAGUUACUUCACGGUUGAAAGUUACCGUUCUACAUAUUCUGAAUCUGUAAACUCGACACCUGGGAUUGGAACACCAGUUGAAGAAGAUGGCGAGUCAGGUACUGUUGAUGUGUUACCCCCUUGUCCUCCAGAAUCUCCGAUAGAGGAAAAACCAGAGGAGACUAAAACUGUAGACCCAAAUAAGAGAACAGUACUUUGCAGCAGGUGCAAGGAACCAGGACAUAAUAAAGCUUCAUGCAAGGCCACCUUAUAGGUCCUUUUCUGCAUCUUGUACAGCUCUUAUAAUUUACAUGGCAGUGACUUGUGAUGUAUUGCUCAUCUUUGUAAUUCGUUGCGCUCUGCAUUUCUACUUCACAGAAAACAGUAACAUUACUGAUUUAUUUCCAUUUGGAAAGCCAUAGUUUCCGAGUUUUGAACUCGGAAAGCAAGGUGUUAGAGGAUGGUAAUAUUCGUGGUCUCAAGGGUAAGAUGUUCCCGUAGCUUGUCUAUUGCAAAAAUGAUUUUCAUUCGGACUAUGAAUUGUUGGAUCAUUAUGUUACAUGACGUGUGAUGGUGAAUUCUCAGUUUUCUCGGAUUUUGGACGACCGUUUUCUUGGUAUUGUUUUGCUCAAGCAUCUCAUUCUUUAAUGUGCUGAAGUUGAAAAGAGGGGAGGAACAAAAGAAAUUUGAGGGUUGGUUUACAGUGGAAUGCAGAGUGUCUUUCAAGAUUUGUAUAUGUAAAAGAAAGAUCGAGUGAAAAGUUAUGCAAUUAUGUAAAUGAACGUUAUUUGGUGUCUUUUAUAUGCUGAUACUAGCUGGGAAGAGUAGAAACAUCUUGGAUGACGAA